GUGAUUGCCGUGAAGUUCGUGCGACCGCAGCACCUGUACAAGGUGCUUCCUGAAUGCCUGACAAUGUUCCUCGGCAUGACCCACGAGUUGAAUCAAUAUGCACUGUAUCUCCGCAGCAGCCCGGCCCAGUCGGCAGGGUUGCUGUCAAGCAAGGCAGAGGAUGAGGCGAAGCAGGCAAUUCUGGAAUCUAUGUCCCGAGAGUGGAAACUUGUUUUGUCCCUGGAAGCCAGGCCUCAGGCACGAGCAUUGCUUCAUCAGCAUUGUGGGUACGUGCUGUAUCAGCAGUAUCGAGAAACCAUGGGUUUUUUCGAGCGGUCGGGGUUCAAGCUUACACGCGACGGCACGGAGCUGCUACAGUCUUGGUUUCCGGAAGUGCCGUGGAGUGCCAAUCUUGAAUCAGUUUUCGGCGAAAUGCAACACGCGGUUCGAAGAACCGGAAAGGCUGAUGUUGGAUCCUUAUCGAAUCUGAUGUCGGUUGCAAUUCGUGGAUUGGAGAGGCGAGUUUUCACGGACGCGGACGAGAACCCCAAGCCACUGCGACUGGUGCCAGAAGACUGGGUCGGCAAGCAAACCAAUGCUUUGAAGUCCAAGAUGUUUAGCCCCACCUCAGCCCAGCCCUGCAAGAAUGUGAACUUGGACAACAUUGCAAAGCCGUUUCCAUCGACGUCUGCAUUUCAUCACACGCAGCAUUCGCUGAACUUCAUGAAAGGGUUGCUGGAAGCAGACAGGAAAGACGCCGGGGAGGUUGUAUGUUUCUCGGCUGUGCAGCUCAAGGAGCUUCCAUGGCUUUUUUCCGGAAAGCUCCCGGCACGGCAGAUGGACGAGAAGUGCAUGCCGGCAAGCAAUACGGGCACCGUCGCCGACGUUUUGGGAGCUGGUCAGGCAACAAAGGCCUUGUGCUUGGAUGUCGGAAGGACACUCAUGCAUCAGUUUUUGCUCAAGACCUCCGAGGUGCAGCUGUUUGAGUACACGGUGCAUUUGGCACCGAAAGGUGUCGAGGACAAGUGUGGCUGCGGCUUCCUGCUGCGACGAGGAGUCAAAAGCUACGGCCUCGUGGCUUACUUGGUCCACACUUUGGAGAUCCUGAAGCUGCACAGCGCCACGAUCAGCGAGAUCCUUUUCGAGGCUGACAUCCGGCUGCCCAAGAAUACAAGCAAAGGCCUGAAGAUCAGACGUGUUCUCGAGAUGGAUUCGGUCAAAAAUCAUGUUUCCGAGGGCACCAUCGCCAGCAUACAGAAGAUUCUGGAUGAGCAAGACGAGAAACGGAA